AUGGAGAUUAAUGCAGAUCCUAAAGUCUUAACCAACAUCACCCUGGGCUUCAACAUCUGUAACAACUAUUUUAAUCCAAAACUUACAUAUGCAGCUACAAUGGAAAUUAUCUCCACACCAGACAGAUUCAUCCCAAACUAUAAAUGUGAUUUCCAGAACAAUCUGCUAGCAGUCAUUGGGGGACCUAACUCAAAUGAUUUUCUUCACAUAGCAACUAUUCUGAGUAAAUACAAGAUUGCACAGAUUACAUAUACUUCUGCUCCAGAGACAGACAGACCAAAUCAAGCAGUUUCUUUCCACUGGAUGUUCCCAAAUGUGGAUUAUCAAUAUAAUGGAAUUCUCCAACUAUUACUGCAUUUCAAAUGGACAUGGAUUGGUGUAUUUUAUGUUGGUAUUGGCAGUCAAACAGAAAUAUUUCUCUGGAAAAUAUUGCCCUUGUUUUCACAGCAUGGGGUCUGCUUUGACUUCAUCAAGGAAUUAACAGGUAAGAGUUUAGGUGAAGCUCAAGCUGUUGCACUUGCAGCACUUCCAAAUAUAAGCCUUGCUUGGAACAGCACAGUUAAUACAGUGAUUUUUCAUGGAGAAUAUCAGGGGAUAAUCUAUUUGUGGAUUCUACUUGAGGUUUCAGCAUUUUAUAGUAUGUCAGAGAAAGCUAAAGUCUGGAUCAUGACAGCAGAUGUGGACUUCACAUCAGCCCUGUUUCAAAGAAACUGGAGCAUGAAUUUCCUCCAUGGUGCUAUAUCCUUGGCAAUACAAUCUCAGGAAGUGUCAGGAUUCCAGAAGUUUGUUCAGACAAGGAACCCUAUUUUGCACAAAGGAGAUGGCUUCUUGAAAGAAAUCUGGCAGCAACUGUUUAAUUGUCUGAUUCCAAACUUUUCCACUGACUCAGUGGAAGAGAAUAUCUGCACUGGAGAGGAGAAGCUGGAGGCUCUCCCCAUGACUGUUUUUGAAACAAGAAUGACUGCCCACAGUUACUGUGUCUACAAUGCUGUCUAUGCUGUUGCACAUGCUUUGCAUGUCCUGUAUUCAUCCAUAAACAAGCAAAGAUCAGGGGUGACAUGGAAACUCCUUAAACAACAGUCAUGGAAGCUUCACCAUUUUCUGAGAGACGUUUCAUUUAAUAACAGCGCUGGGGACAAGAUUUCCUUUGAUGAAAAUGGUGAAUUUGUAGGAGGAUUUGAUGUUAUAAACUGGGUCACGUUCCCAAACCAGUCCUUCCUUAGAGUUAAGGUUGGAACCAUAGACCCAGAAGGACUCCCACAUCAACUGCUGACCAUUUCAGAGGACGACAUCAUCUGGCCCACCUGGUUCAAUCAGGUAUCACCUCUCUCCCUGUGUAAUGGUUAUUGCCCUUCAGGUUACCGAAAGACCCCAAAAGAAGGAGAACCGUUUUGCUGCUAUGACUGCAUCCCAUGUCCGCAAGGAAUGAUCACAAAUCAGACAGAUAUGGAUGAGUGCUUCCACUGUCCAGAAGAUCAGCAUCCAAACAAUAACCGGGAUUUCUGCCUUCUCAGGCACAUAACAUACCUCUCUUAUGAAGAAACAUUAGGAAGCAGUUUGAUGGCAGUGGCCAUUAUCCUUUCUGUCACCACAAGUUCUGUACUAGGAAUCUUCCUGAAGUACCACAACACUCCUAUUAUUAAGGCCAACAACUGCAGCCUCUCCUACACCCUCCUUGUCUCCCUCCUGCUCUCCUUCCUUUGUUCUCUGCUUUUCAUUGGACGACCCAUGAAGGUGACCUGCCUCCUUCGGCAAACUGCUUUUGGGAUCAUCUUCUCAGUGGCUGUUUCUUGUAUGUUGGCCAAAACCAUCACUGUGGUUCUAGCUUUCAUGGCAACCAAGCCAGGAUCAAUGAUGAGGUCAUGGAUGGGGAAAAGACUGGCCCUUUCCAUUGUUCUUCCCUGCUCUUUUACUCAAACUCUUCUUUGUACUGUGUGGCUGGGAAUCUCACCCCCUUUCCCAGAUUUUGAUAUGCGUUCUUUCAUUUCUGAAAUUGUUGUGGAAUGUAAUGAAGGGUCAGUUGUCAUGUUUUAUAUUGUUCUGUCUUUUUUGGGUUUCCUGGCUAUUGUCAGUUUUAUUGCAGCUUUCAUGGCCAGGAAGUUACCAGACACCUUCCAGGAAACUAAAUCCAUCACAUUCAGCAUGCUGGUCUUUUGCAGUGUGUGGUUGUCCUUUGUCCCUGCCUACAUGAGCACCCAGGGGAAAUAUGUGGUGGCUGUGGAGAUCUUCUCCAUCUUGGCCUCCAGUGCUGGGCUCCUGACUUGUGUCUUUUUCCCCAAGUGCUUCAUCAUCAUCAUGAGGCCUGAUCUGAAUAAAAGGGAGCAUCUAAUAAAGAGAAUUAUUUAA